AUGAAGUUUCAAAUUUGGACCGGUGCAUGCGCCCUUGUAUCCAUGCUAGCAGGAUCUGCGGCUGAGACCACCGUUGGAAAUGCACAAGCACAAUUUCUCACUGUUCUAGUGGGCGAUUUCAAGAGUAACGGCAGACAGUAUGUUGAUUACAUAAGAACUGCUGCUAGUGUACCUCCUGAGGUUACUCUGUUGGCAAUGCAGGUUGCUACGUAUACUGAUGAUUCCUACACCACGAUGUUGACAGAUUCAAACAUUAAUAUCGGCACUUUGGAGGCUUUUGCAACUCGCUUGCCAUGGUAUUCACGCAUUCGUGUCGAGCUUGCCUCGGCCACAGCUGCUGCUGCCGGUAGCUCCAGUGUACGGGCCACCGGAUCCUCCUCGUCUUCGAGUCACUCUACUGCUGGAGCUGUGCAGUAUAGUCCACAUGGAGCAGUGUUGGGUGUGGUUGCGCUCCUUUUAUUGUAA